CAUCAGGCUCGGCUAGCGGUUGCUAUAGGGUCGUCGGUUGUAGCGGUGCGACACUCACUCCACGUCCGCUGCUGGUACAAGACGCAUCGCUCCAGACCAGCUCCAGCACACAAUUUUACAGAGUCAAAUCCAUCUGGACCCAGUUGUCAAAUCUCGGCAUUUCAACAGAAGAUUUCAAAAAUGAAAACCUUCGGUGCAACUGUACUGCUGCUGUCAGUCUGUGGCCAUAUGCUGCCCGGCGCUGAAGGCACGUUCUGCAUAUUCUCCUCGGCCCCUGAGUGCCGCAAUUCCAACAUCUAUUCCUACUUCUCUGGCUUCGGCUCCCAGUCAAGAUCUGGUCGCGCCUCCGUGUUCACCACGAUCAGCUGCAUCGCACACCAAGUGCCCAAGCUCCCUUCAGAUUUCGAUCAGCCUCUCUAUCAGUAUCUGUUCGAGACCUUCGCUCGCAACACCCAUCUCUUGCCUCUCGGAGUUCCCAUGCAGAGCAAGUCAGAAGAUUUUGAAACAACAGCCAAGCUUGAGAAAUGUCUCUGGGGAAAGAUUGCUAACCGUGCGGGCACAGACGAAGAAAAAUCUGAUAAUGAAAUUGGCAUCUCGGCCGAAACUAAAACUGAAGAGUCAGCCUACCAACAAAUCUUUGCAAGCAGACAAGGCGGCUAUGACACACUCACUGGCUUGACUUUACUCGGAAGCAAACUGAUUGCAGCAAUCGUUGGAUACUCUAUUUUCGCCCUCACUAGUGUCUCUUGAUUUAUUGGUCCAAUGACCUGGCUUGAUCGGAACGAAAUUUGCGACUCUAAUAUUAAACAAUUUACCUGAUGAUCUAAUGGCAUUGAUAUUUAUCUUAGCAUCGACAUAUUUAUUUAUUUAUUUUCUGCUUAUUUUAAGUUUUUUACGAAUUGAAAUUUUAUGGAUGAAAAUUUUAUUACACUGUUUCUUAGUACACGUCUCUGCUCCUAUUUAUUUAAGCUGCGUGAUAAAAAUGAUCCUUCCUUGAUUUGAAUGUUGUAUUUCUUUAGGCAAGAAAUUGUUAUUUUUGUUGUUUAGCGUGCUAUGAUAUUAGCAGAAUUAGAGAUAAUAUAUAUGA